CAACCCUUCUCGAACUCGAAAGAGAACCAUCUCUGAAAUCCGAACACCUACUCCUCCAGAAUGUUCCCUUCUACCACGGCCACGGCCUCCCGCCUCCUCGUCCCCGCCGCCUCUCGCCGCGCCAUGGCCACUGCCGCCUCCGCCAACCCGCCGCCCCCGCAGCAAUCGCCCUCCAAGGCGGUGCGGGUCGUGGUGAAGGGCCGCGUGCAGGGCGUCUUCUUCCGCGACUGGACGGUGGAGACGGCCCGCGCGCUCGGGCUCGCCGGCUGGGUCCGCAACCGCCGCGACGGCACCGUGGAGGCCCUCCUCUCCGGCGAACCCGCCAGGGUCGACGAGAUGGUCUCCCGGCGCCUUCCCGUCGGGCCUCCCGCCGCCGCCGUCACCGCGGUGCUGCCUUCCCCCGCCGAUCCGCUCGACCCCUCCGAGGGCUUCCACCGCAAGCCCACCGCCUGAUGACCACUGGUUCUUGUCAGUGACAUGAUGUACCGGUCGACUACUACUCAAUGGCCUCUCCUCUGUCCGGUCACCCCAGCGCCCCAGACUCAGUUCAACGACCUCCAACUGUCACCAACAAGGAAGCAAGGUCUCUAUGACCUCCAUUCCUGACGCAUCUCCUCCCUUAAUGGUUGAUGAUCAUUGAUGUCCACUGCUCCAACAUCGCCUCGUUCUCUCCAAGCAUCCGUGGCAUGAAGGAUCCUUCCCCAAAUCCCAAUGGUUUAAUCACUGGUGUUCAUUACAGUGUUGAACUGUGGUUUGUUCAUUAUCUUGGAGCCCACUAUGACUAUGAGCAGCUUCGAGCUUGAUCAAAACCCUACCAAAGUUUUUGGACGACUGCUGCUGAACCGCCCAAGACUGUGUGUGUGUGUCGCACAAUUUGCCAUGGAUACAGCUUGUGUUGUGCUGGAUGAAAACGUCUUCGGGAUUUGCAGUUGUAUCACUCGAUUUGCCAUGGAACACUUUCAAAGAAUAGUGUACUGUACUGAACAAUCCGCGUCACAGGUCAUCAGCCAUGAGCGAGUAGAAAAUAGCUCACCAAGCUAGUGAACUCGAUACGUUUCUGCAUGUGACUGAUUUCCAUAUCA